AUGGGUAAAAAAAAGAGUAAUUUGGUAGUAAAUCUUUCAGAUGACGAAGAAGAUGUUAAAAAGGUAGAAAAAGUUGAAAAUAAUGACAUUGAAGAUAACAACGAUGAGGAUAAAAAAGAGGAUGAAGGAGAAGAGGAGGACGAAGAUGAAAAUAGUGGUGAUGAAAAAAAGGAAAGUAAAGGUAAAAUGAUACAAAGACAUAAAUUAGAAGUAAAGAAAUUACAACAACAAAUUGAUAAAUUAAAUCAUGCAAUUCCAAAAAAAGAUAAAAAAGCAAAACAAGAUUUAUUAGUUAAAACCAAGAAAAUGGAGCAUGAAUUAAACAUGAAACAUCAAGAGGAAUUAGAUGGUUUUGAAAAAACACAACCAAAUAUCAGCGAAUCAUUAAACCAACUUUUAAUCAACUCAAAACCAAAUGCACCAUCAAAAGCAUACUUAAAAAAAGCAAAGAAAUUAGAAGAAGAGGAACAAAGAAUCAAACAAUUAGAAGAAGAUAGAAAGAAUUUUGUAUCAAAAGGUGUUAUCGAAUUUAACGAUUUUAUGACCAAACUCAAACCAUUAAAGAAAUCAAUUAAAAUGAUUAACCCAGAUGGUGAUUGUUUAUAUUCAGCAAUUACAAAUCAACUUUUAAUCAAUAAAAUUAUAAGCGAAGAAGAAAGUAAGAAAUACCCAAGAACAUUAAGAACCAUAGCUGCAGAUUACAUUAAAGCAAACAGAGAUGAAUUUCUUCCAUAUAUUUCAAGCGAAGAAGAUUAUACCGAUAGUGAAGAUCCAAUCAGUGAUUAUUGUGAAGAGCAAGUACUUCAAGUUGGUAAAUGGGGUGGUCAUAUUGAACUUAAAGCACUCUCAGAAUCACUUAAAAAAGUCAUUGUUAUUUUCAAUGCCUAUUCAAACGAUAUAACUAUUGGUGAAGAAUUCCAAAAUGAUAAAGAGGAAAAACUUUAUUUAUCAUAUCAUAGACAUGCCUUUACUUUGGGUGAACAUUAUAAUAGUGUAAUUCCAUCAUCAGAAUAA